AUGGCUUCCUCCGUGAUCCUUUUCCUCGUCGUGGCCUGGUGGUCAUUCCUGGAUAGCUUCCCGUGCACAGCCGAGGGGGUUGGCUUCAGCAUCAGCCUCUUCCAUCGUGACUCGUCUCUCUCCCCGUUCUACAACGCGUCCGAGGGGCCUUCCGCCCGGACCCGGAAGGCUGUCCGCCGGUCCAAUGCCCGCGCCGACUACCUCCGCUCUACGGCCGCGGCGGUCACUCUGGCCUCCGACGACGACGUCUCCAUCUCCUCCAAGCUGAUCCCCGUCGAGCAGGAAUACUUCAUGGCCUUCUCCCUGGGGACCCCGCCGGUGCAGAUCCUCGCCUUCCCGGACACCGGAAGCGACCUUGUCUGGACCCAGUGCAAGCCUUGCAAGAAGUGCUACCACCAGGACUCCCCACUUUUCGACCCCAAGAAGUCCUCCUCCUACCGCCCCCUCACCUGCAGCUCCGAUGCCUGCAUAGAGAUCGAGGGCACCUGCGCCCCCAAGAAGGGCUGUCGAUACAGGUACCUGUGCGUUAGAAUCGAACCAGAUAAAGUCGUUUUCUCAACCGCUGCCGGUGAGGCCAAGUUGAACGGUCGCAUGCAUGGUUCUUCAACAGCUACGACUAUGAGGACGAUUCCUACACUAAAGGGGUCCUCGCAUCGGAGACCUUCACCUUCGACUCGGGGGACGGCGAGAACAAGAAGGUCUCCUUCCCCAACAUCGCGUUCGGCUGCGCCCACCAGAGCGGGGGCCUCUUCAACAGGCGAGGCGCCGGGCUCGUCGGGCUCAGCAGGGGCACCAACUCCCUGGUGCAGCAACUCGGCCCCGCCAUUGACGGCCGAUUCUCCUACUGCUUGGUGCCCCCCUCGCAGAAAGACUCGUCCAGCCACCUCAACUUCGGCGACACGGCCGUCGUCUCCGGCCCCGGCGUCGUCGACUUGCCGAUGCUCUCCGACCACGGGCCCUACGACUACUACCUCUCUCUGGAGGAGAUCAUCGUUGGAGACGCUAAGGUCCCAGUGAGGAGGACGCCUUCCCCAGAGGACCCCAACGUCGUCAUCCUCGUCGACUCGGGGACAACUCUGACGUACCUCCGGCCGUCAGUGGUCGAUCAGAUCAAAACAUUAAUCGCCGGGAGAGUCCAUCUAACGCGCAUGAAAGAUCCGGACCGGGAGUUCGAGCUGUGCUACCUGUUCCGCGGUUCCGCCGAUGAAGCGGUCAUCCCUGAUAUCGUCUUCGGGUUCAAGGGGGGAAGCUGGACGUUGAAGGCGAGCAACACCUUCGUGCCCAUUGAGAAUGGGGCUAAGUGCCUCGGUAUACUCUCCUCGCAGGAGGUGGACGGCGACGCCAUCUUCGGCAGCUGGGCCCAGCAGAACUUCCACGUCGGGUACGACCUCAAGAGGAGCACCAUCUCCUUCGCUCCGGCAGACUGCUCCAAGCUGUGA